CGUAACUCCUCAAGUCCCAGCCAUCGCGACAAUGUCCAAAAAAAUACUUGAAGUCCUGUGCUCCCCAAACCCCUUCCCACUGGAUCUGAUCACAGAUGGUGGGAGGAACACGGAAGCAGAAGGCUGGAUCCCAGUCUUGGGUUGGACACCAUGGCAUGACUUCACCUACGAUGUGCUCACAAAAUUGUUCGGGGCCUAUCUGAACAAGCCGGCCGGAUCGCUAUCCCAACACGACCCGAUUCUCGCCGACGAUCGAAUUAUAAACGACGAGAAGACUUGUGAGGUUUUCCUAGGACGGUACAUCAUGCCAGUUGUCAACAUAGCACUGUCGAAGAUGUUGCCUGGCACAAAAACAGCUAGUAGCCCUUACGUAGGGUCCGGGUCUACUGUUGAAAGCACAGCAGACUGGGCAGCUCGAAUCAGGCACGACGACGGGGAGUUCGAACCUUUGCUUCCAGGCGACACUAAACUGGCACUGAAAUGGCGGCCGGACAUGGACGAUCAGGACCAAUGGAGCCUGCCUGUGUCUCAAGUGCUCACUUAUGCGCACUUGCUUGGCAGCCGCUACGGCUUCAUUAUCACCCAAUCCCAUCUGGUCGUCCUCCGCUUCUGCCGAGAACCCAUCGGCACAGGCACGGCUUUCUCUCGACCUCGCCGAUCGGGGACCGGACAGGUGUUUCUUUAAAGUAUCGGCUCAGGAAGUACUGACAUAUCAUCUGCUAUGGAAGCUAUGUCCCUAGAUACUGGGAAUGCGUUAUAUCUUGAUCAACCUGAC